AUGUCGUUGUUUAUGGAUGAGAUGGAUCAUCAAUAUAUUAAGGCGUUAUUUCCACAAUACUUGCUACAACAACCAAUUGCACAUGACCUUUGGAAAUUGUAUUAUAAACACAAGAAGUUAUUCAAUAAACUGAAAGUAAAGCGGCAAGUGAUUGCCAAGGGUGAGGAUUUUUCAGAAUUAAGCAGCUAUACACGUGCUAAUAAACUUAACUAUACGACAAGAAAGGUUAUUUGGGAAAAGUUGUCGCAAUUAGGGGUUUUAGGAAUUAUACCGUAUGAUUCUGCGACGGAUGAGUACUUGAUACAGGUAUAUAAGUACUUCUAUACUUCAAGGGACAGCAGGUUUUUGUCUCUAUCAGAUAGGAAGGUUAAGGAGAAUGCAGACGGCAGUGGCAACGUAGGAGAAGUAUCUCAACAAGUUGAAAAUGAUGAUGAAGAUGUUGUUAUGAAUGAAGGCGGACAGUGGGAAGGCGCCCACGAGGAGGUUGGAGGAGAAGAUGGCGAUGCAGAAGAGUAUGAACAAUCUUCUGAUAUUUUACCGUCAGACAGUGAACAAUCUGGAGCUACAGGUAGCCACGGACAUUCCCCGGAUUCAGAGGAGCGAGUUGGGUUUGAGGGUGAUGAUGACUCUGAUACUUUUUAUCCAGCGGUUACUGAAUCAAAACAUGCGUUUAAGACAAAACCUAAUCCUUUAUCUGCUGAUAUAUACAGCACACUUGCAUACCCUUUGCCUCAUAAAUGGGUGACACAAUCUAACAACUCGGUUUUAGUCUCUCCAGAUGGUUUUACUAGUGUUCGGUUAAACCCCAAUUGGCAACCCUACCCUGGUUAUGAUAACAACUCAAUUGUUAAUAAUAGGUUGCGUACAUCAGUUAACAAUCAAAAACAACAGUGGGCAUCCACCUGGGCAAACACAUAUAUUUGUCACAAGAGGGUUGCAAUAUUUUACUUUGAAGUCAGAAUCCUUUCUGUUACAAGUUCGCAAUCUGGGCAAACUUGCAAUAUUAAUAUUGGCCUAAAGGAUUGGUCUAAAAUAAACAACUCAGCUGAUAGUCAUGCCAGUGACCCGCCUUCAAGAGAUAAUGCUGAUAUAUCAACAUUGAAUCGUCAAACAACAAACAUCUUACGGGGUGCUUUUGAUGGUUCAAGGCCUGGUUCACAACAUAGUGAUGCUGGAAAAGAUGUAUAUGCCUAUAAUGGUUCAGAUGGCUAUAUUAACGACGGGUCUAAGUUCAAGUCGUACUCAAAGCCAUAUGGUCGUGACGACGUUAUCGGAUGCGGUGUAAAUUUUGUCGAUAGUACCAUAUUCUUCACCAAAAAUGGCAUUCAUUUAGGUACGGCAUUUAAGGACAUUUCACAGAUUGACUUGGUUCCUUAUAUUUCCUUGAGAGCAGCUAAUUCUGUCAGGACUAAUUUCGGAUUAUAUGAAGAAUUUUUAUUUGAUAUUAUAGGAUAUCAAAACUAUUGGAAAAGUCUCGCAUAUCAACAUAUAUUUGAUUCUAUAUCCGGAGGUGCUAAAAGCGAAUUUGAGUUUGAUGAUGAAGGAGAUGAUAAUGAUGAGCACUCUGAUGAUGCAACUUUUUCUGACACUGAAGAUGUUCCAAUGUUAGACACUGACUGUGUUGGGGAAAAAAGGGGUAACGUUGUUAGCAGUGCUGGUAGCGAAACUGACAGAAGUAUAUUCAAAAGCUCCAAUACCCAUUCAGAUAAGGAUGGAUUCCUACUUUCUAGAGAUACACGAUUCAAUGGUGAUCGUUUGUUCAAACCGGAUAAAGAAAAACUAAACUCAAUUAAUGAUUCUGAUGAUUCCAUCCCAUGCACAUUGAAUUCCAUGAUCAAUGACUACUUGAUCCAUAAGGGGUUGAUUUCAGUGGCGAAAGGGUUCCUAGCAGACUUGCAAAAGGAUUGUAUUCCUAAUAAUGAGGAAGAACGCAACAAUCUCGUUAUUGCUCGUCACGAAAGGCAGAUAAAGAAGGAAGAGGAGAAUUUAAGGAUUAGACAAGAUCUCAGGGGGUGGAUAAAAAAUGGCGAUAUUCCUCACUGUAUAAAAUACAUUGAAAAUAAAUUCCCAGGUUUAUUGUCGACCAAUGUGGAAUUGGCGUUCGAGUUCAAAGUUGCAGAAUACUUGCUGGCAAUCCUAAAGCUGAAUGAAACUAGUAUUGAUUUCGUCCUUCAGAAAGGACUGGAGAUUUCUAAUGAGUUUAUUUACAACAGCGAAUUGCCCGAUGAGUUACGUGAGAAGUUCAAAACACACUUUGCUCAAAUUUCUGCAUUAAUGGCAUACGAUAACCCGCAAAUCGAGUGCAGCAAGGACUUGGCUGUUUAUUUAACACCAGCAUAUUUGCAAGAUAGAUUAUUCCAGUUGGUUAACACGAGCAUUUUGACGUUUUUGAAAAAGAACAGUGAAUCAUCGUUAGAAAACAUGAUCAGUUAUACCAGAGCUAUGACCAACACCUUACUGGAAUAUGGUGAUCAAUUAGGCUCAUCAGGAACCGAGGCUGAUGGGCGCUUUUAUAAACUAGUUAAUAUUGACGAGGACUUGCUAGGUUCAUAG